GCCUGGUCUCUCUCUCUCUGCGCCUGGGUCGGGUGGCUGACGCCGAGCGCGAGGGAGAUGUCGGAUUUUGACAGUAACCCCUUUGCGGAUCCGGAUCUCAACAACCCUUUCAAGCCUCCACCAGGCAGUAUGAAAAUGCCUAAUGUACCCAAUACACAACCAGCAAUAAUGAAACCAACAGAGGAGCAUCCAGCUUAUACACAGAUUGCAAAGGAGCAUGCCUUGGCUCAAGCUGAGCUUCUCAAGCGCCAAGAAGAGCUGGAAAGAAAAGCUGCAGAAUUAGAUCGUCGAGAACGAGAAAUGCAAAACCUCAGUCAACAUGGCAGAAAAAAUAAUUGGCCACCUCUUCCUAGCAACUUUCCUGUGGGACCUUGUUUCUAUCAGGAUUUUUCUGUGGACAUUCCUGUAGAAUUCCAAAAGACAGUAAAGCUUAUGUACUACUUGUGGAUGUUCCAUGCUGUAACGCUGUUUCUAAAUAUCUUUGGAUGCUUGGCUUGGUUUUGUGUUGACUCUGCAAGAGCAGUGGAUUUUGGACUGAGUAUCCUGUGGUUCUUGCUGUUUACUCCCUGUUCGUUUGUCUGUUGGUACAGGCCACUUUACGGAGCUUUCAGGAGUGACAGUUCAUUCAGAUUCUUUGUAUUCUUCUUCGUCUAUAUUUGUCAGUUUGCUGUACAUGUGCUCCAGGCUGCAGGAUUUCAUAAUUGGGGCAACUGUGGGUGGAUUUCAUCCCUCACUGGUCUCAACCAGAAUGUUCCUGUCGGCAUCAUGAUGAUAAUCAUCGCAGCACUUUUCACAGCAUCAGCGGUCAUCUCACUAGUUAUGUUUAAGAAAGUUCAUGGACUGUAUCGCACAACAGGUGCUAGUUUCGAGAAGGCCCAACAGGAGUUUGCAACGGGUGUGAUGUCCAACAAAACUGUCCAGACUGCAGCCGCAAACGCAGCUUCAACUGCAGCAAGCAGCGCUGCCCAGAACGCCUUUAAGGGCAGCCAGAUUUAGAGGCCUCCCGCACUACACUGUUACUUCCGACUGUACUUUUUCUCCAGUUACUGUCUGCUACAAAUAUUUUUAUGUUGGAAACACAGUACACACAGCAUGGGUAUUCCUGUUCACACGUGCAUGGGCUAAAACCAGAAAAGUUCCUUGACUUAUUACUUUACCUAAUAGUUUCUUAAUAUUUUAAUGCCCCUUGAAGAGAGAAAUAUUACAUGCUAAAUAAAUAUUCUCCAUAUUUUUGGGGGAUGAUGUUCAGCAAAUUAUUUCAGUGGUGACACACUGAAACUAAUAUGCAACUUAUUUAAAAAACACUUAAUACUAACUAUAGUAGUUCUUUCAAGAAUCUGUAGAGAUGAGGAUCACACAUUUGAACAGUAAAGCUCUGUUUCGUUCUUGUUCCUAUUUGUAUUCAAUUAAAUAGGCCAGCAGAGACUUAAUGGAUUUCUAAAUUGGCUUGCUUUUUAUCAGAUUCAGUCACCAGUAAAGAGCCCGUGUGCUUUGUAGUAAAUAAUGUAUAUUUUAUCUCUUUUUUUUAGAGUAGUUGGUAUUUUGAUAACAGUCUCUGAUCUUGCAUGGGCACCAUGUUUCUUAAAUGAAAAGAAUUAGUACUUUGGGUCCUGUACUGCUUAUAGUUGUAGGAAUCAGGGGUUGUUUAUGAAAUCAUAGAAAUGAUUUUCUGUAAUAGUUUCUUUUAAAUAAAAAUUUAUUGGAGUACAGAGACUUUAAUAUGCAGUGCAUUAUCCAAAAGAGAAGGAAGUCAAUUGGUACAAUAGAAUGUAGUGGUAACAAUUCCUUUUAUUUUUUAAU